AUGCCUUGUGACAGAGUAGCUAUAGAACAAAUUUCCUCACCAAUCAAACAUUUCCGAACUUCCUCUUCUUUGGUUCCGAACUCUGGUUUCAUUUUCCUGAGUCCGGCUGGUGGGCUUGUCCGAUUUUCUAUGAGAGUGGCGAAGAAGCACAUAAUGGCCAAUUUCAAUCCUGCAUUCAUCGCCUUAUUGCCACCAGAUGCUUUAAAGAAAUUCAUGGCUUUACAUACUGAUGACUCGAUUGAUUCCAUGGCUCAUUUCGACAAAGUGGUCGAAGUUUUGCUCUCUCUACCUGCCGAUAUUCAGGCUAAAAUCGAAGCUCUUCCACCACCACCCACGUACGAGAUACUUUCUGAGGAGUUCAAGACCAAAUUGGAUGCAAUUCACAAGAAUAAAAGCCUCGCGUUCAACGAUAAAUGCACAAAGUAUAGGAAGGUGCUCGCUUCAAUGCCCGAAGCCGUUGACUACGCCAACCAAGCAAUUAUGGCCAAUCCCGACUUCACGAUGGUCCAGCUGCUCAAGGAGUUGCGCAAGAUGAGAUUUCAUGCAGUGCAGGGCGGCGGUCAAUAUUUCUACAUUCAUGCGGGCCUGAUUGAAUUGUGGGUGAGCGGGGGAAUCAUCAAUAGGGAUCAUUGCAAGAGUUUCCUGGGCGGCUACAAGAAAAUUUGUGAAAUCCUCAACAAGAAAGUCAGCGAAAACCCA